ACAUUUGACAGGAAGUUGGCUCCGCCCCCAGCAUCAGUUCAGCCAAUCACAGGGCUUCCUGCAGCAGUGUCUCUCGCCCCUCUCUCUCUCUCCGUCAGUGUUUUAACAGUUUCUCCUCUUCUUUCUCCUCUUCCUCUCCUCCGUUCUGUGUGUCUGCUCCCUCGUUCCUCCAGCUCGCUGGAGGCUGAGCAGGAAGUCUUCUGCCCAGAGGACUUUGAUGUGAAUCUGAACAAGCCGGUUCUGAAGAAGUUCCAAGGUACCUUCCUGCGCAGCCUGGCAGCCACUAACUGGGACAAGAAGAGGAGAAAUAAACACCUGAGCGUUCCCCAGCUGUCCCUGUGUGAUGAUGUCAUAAAUCCAUGCCCUGAGCCCAGCGCCUGUGCGACGCCUGAGCGACCCGCCUCGACAUCCAGCAGUUUGGAGACAAACGGACCCUCAGACUCCCGGAAUGAUCCAGCGGUUCCUGUGCAGCGGCAGUGCAGCACCCUGUCUGAUGUCACCAUGUUGGUUCUGGACAUGAUGUAUUCCAACUCCCCUGCCGCAGUGCCCUCGAGCCCGACUGAUGCUGCGUCUGGCUCCGCUAAGGAAGAAGAAGGCAGCUUCACGCCCGGUGAAGAUCUUAGUGGCUGUGUUUCAGAGCGACUGUCCAACUUCAACUCACCGUCCCUGGAGUCCGGUGCAGAGAGCAGCGCCCCCCAGAGGGCGGAGCUGGAAUGCCUGAAGGGCUCGGCGCAGGCGGCCAGAGCCUGCCUGGCCGAGGAGCAGAAGAAGCGUUUGGUCCGACAGCAGAGCGGCGUGAGGGCGGAGCCUGCAGCGCGGCGCCAGGAGUCCAUGAACUCAGUGGGUCCGACGGACGCCUGGGAUCAGCUGCAGCCCAGCGGCGCCGACCUGAAGAUCAAAGACCUGGACUUCACCGACCUGCUGGAGGACGAGGACAUUGACGUCCUCGACAUGGACACCAACUCCUCCUCUUCCUCCCAUUUCUCAGGCGUCCCUCCUGCUCCUCCGCCGCCACCAUCAGGAGGCGCCGCUCCCCCGCCCCCCCCUCCGCCCCCCCUCCUGGGGGCCCCUCCUCCGCCUCCCCUCCCUCCGGGUGGGGUCCCCUCGGCUCCGCCCCCUCCGAGCGGCGGGCCGUCGGGCCUGACGAAGAAGAAGACGGUGAAGCUGUUCUGGAAAGAGCUGAAGCAGGCGGAGAGCCAGCAGAAAUGUCGCUUCGGCCGCGGGACGGUGUGGGCGUCGCUGGACAAGGUGGAGGUGGACACGGCGCGCCUGGAGACGCUGUUCGAGUCCAAGUCCAAGGAACUACCGGUUGCCAAGAAGGGACCAGAACCCAAGAAGUCUCUGGUUCUGGACCCAAAGCGGAGCAACGCCAUCAACAUCGGCCUGACCGUCCUUCCUGCUGUCCACGUCAUCAAGAACGCCAUCCUGAGCUUUGAUGAGUACGCCAUCAGCAAGGAAGGGGUAGAGAAGAUCCUGACGAUGAUCCCGACUGAAGAGGAGAAGCAGAAGAUCCAGGAGGCCCAGCUGGCGAACCCCGACCUCCCGCUGGGAACCGCAGAGCAGUUCCUGCUCACCCUGGCCUCCAUCAGCGCCCUGAACCCCCGCCUGCAGCUCUGGGCCUUCAAGCUCAACUACGAGGUUCUGGAGAAGGAGAUCGCGGAGCCUCUGUUCGACCUGAAGCUGGGCAUGGAGCAGCUGGCGUCCAAUCAGACGUUCAGGAGAAUCCUCGCUACGCUGCUCGCCAUCGGCAACUUCCUCAACAGCUCCAAUGCCAAAGGCUUUGAGCUGAGUUACCUGGAGAAGGUGGUGGAGGUGAAGGACACCGUCCACCGCCACUCACUGCUGCACCACACCUGCAGCCUGCUGGAGGACAAUUACCCACAAUCCUCUGACGUCUACUCCGAGAUCCCCGCCAUCACCCGCUCCGCCAAGGUGGAUUUUGACCUGUUGGCAGAGAAUCUGGUCCAGCUGGAGAGGCGCUGCAAGGCAUCAUGGGAGAACCUGAAGCUGGUGGCCAAGCAUGAGAGCAAGGCAGUGCUGAAGAACAAGAUGACGGAGUUCCUCAGGGACUGCACCCAGAGGAUCAAGAUCCUGAAGGUCGUCCACAGGAGAGUCAUCAACAGGUUCCACUCCUUCCUGCUGUUCCUGGGUCAGCCGUCCUUCUCCGUCCGAGACGUGAAGGUCACCAGCUUCUGCCGCAUCAUCAGCGAGUUCGCUCUGGAGUACCGCACCACUCGCGAGCGCGUCCUCACCAUCAGACGCAAACGCACUAUCAAGAGGGAGCGGAACAAGACCCGGGGCAUGCUGAUCACUGAGACGGAAAAGUUUUCGGGCGUUCCUGUUCAGGAUAGCAUCUCGCCCGUCUCCAUGGCAACAGAUCCGGGCUCUGAUCAGGAGGAGGAGCAUGAAACCAUGACGAGCCUGCUGACCAGCAGCUGCAGCAGCCUGACUGUUCAUCCUGCAGGCCUGCGCCGCUCCAGAGCCGUACGGAGUAACCGCUCGGCGAGUCCAUCCACUCUGACUGCUGCUAGGGACGACGGAACCAACUCUCAGGACGACGCCACUGAUGACAUCAUGGAUCGACUGGUGAAAUCUGUGACCCGGAACCCGUCAAACAGAACUGCCAGCCCAAAGACCCGCAAACGGUCCCGACUCAACAGAAAGUCCAUGCGGAGGACCCUGAAGGGCGGAUUGGACCAGGAGGCGGUCCAGGCUCUGGGUCUGCAGCCCAGCAAGACGGGAGACAGAGUCUGACCCCGCGCUAACCUCCUGACCUCCUGACCUCCUGACUUUCUGCUGCUCCAGCGUUUAUCUCCUUAUCUGUUUGCAAAUUAACCUUUAGCGCAGCAACAGCAGCUCAGACUGCGGAUCAGAACCAGAACCAGAACUGAUCUGUUUGCUCUUCCCACCAGACCUGGACUUACCUGCUGCCUCAUUGGUUCUGAUCCAGAAAGUCCUGCAGGUGGAUGCCCAGAAGAACUCGGAUCAGAACAAACUGCCUGAGAUGAACCCCAGAACCACCUGCAGCUUCUAGAAGCUUCAGUUUGCUGUAAAUUAGCCAAGGUUCUGCUCAGGUUCUGGACCUGCUGCUGGUUCUGGACCUCUCACCUCCACAGCAUUCUUGUUAAUCUGGUACCAAGCAGUGCGACUGCUCACCUGCCACCAGGUGUGUUGGUGUGAUGUCACUGGGUUCUGGUGUGAUGUCACUGGGUUCUGGUGUGAUGUCACUGGGUUCUGGUGUGAUGUCACUGGGUUCUCAGAUGUGAGGCUGAAUGUUUUUCUCCUGUUAAUAAAGAUUUUCAAUAAAUCUGA